CAUGUUUUUUGUCUUUGAAUCACCAUCGGAAUAGUCAAUAGUUGUGCCCUUUUAUUUCGUGAAAAUAUUAGGAAGUGAUUCUAACAAAAUGAAAGGGUGCAUUUUCAAUAUUGAUGCUGGAUACUUGGAGGGAUUAUGUCGUGGAUUCAAGUGUGGCAUCCUCAAACAAUCUGACUACUUGAACUUGGUGCAGUGCGAAACGUUGGAAGAUUUAAAGCUCCACUUGCAAGGCACAGAUUAUGGAACGUUUCUGGCCAAUGAACCAAGCCCUCUUUCAGUAUCUACCAUUGAUGAUAAGCUUCGUGAGAAGCUUGUUAUUGAAUUUCAACAUCUUAGGAACCACUCUGUAGAACCACUUUCUACAUUUUUGGACUUUAUUACGUACAGUUACAUGAUUGACAAUAUCAUUUUACUGAUAACAGGCACUUUGCAUCAAAGACCUAUUUCUGAGUUGAUUCCAAAAUGUCACCCUUUGGGCUCCUUUGAACAGAUGGAAGCUAUUCAUGUGGCUGCUACUCCAGCUGAAUUGUAUAAUGCAGUGUUGGUGGAUACACCCCUUGCACCAUUUUUUGUUGACUGCAUAAGUGAGCAAGACUUGGAUGAGAUGAACAUUGAAAUCAUCCGUAAUACUUUGUAUAAAGCAUAUUUGGAAGCUUUUUAUGAAUUCUGCAAGCAAAUUGGUGGAACUACUGCAGAUGUAAUGUGUGAAAUUUUAGCAUUUGAAGCUGAUCGUCGUGCAAUAAUUAUCACCAUUAAUUCAUUUGGCACUGAACUCUCAAAAGAUGAUCGUGCUAAACUUUACCCACGUUGCGGCAAACUGAACCCUGAUGGAUUAGCAGCUUUGGCCAGAGCCGAUGAUUAUGAGCAAGUAAAGGCGGUUGCUGAAUAUUAUGCAGAGUAUUCUGCACUGUUUGAAGGGGCUGGUAAUAAUGUUGGUGACAAGACACUCGAAGACAAAUUCUUUGAACAUGAGGUCAGCCUAAAUGUGCAUGCUUUUCUCCAGCAGUUCCACUUUGGAGUAUUUUAUUCAUACCUCAAAUUAAAAGAACAAGAAUGUCGCAACAUUGUAUGGAUAAGUGAAUGCGUCGCUCAGAAACACCGUGCAAAAAUUGAUAAUUACAUUCCUAUUUUCUAAAUAAUGAUUUUUCCAAGUAUAUAUUAUAGCUUUGUUAAUUGUAUUUAAUCAAUUAGUGUUAUCCUAUUGCACAUAAGUGUUUAUUGGAUUCAGGAAAAUAAUACCUUAAUUUAGUGAGGAAGUCUGUAAAUAAUAUAUCAAAUUGAAAUAUUUAAAUAUUGAAAGACCUAUGUAGAUUUUUGAUUAUAAAGAAUUUAAACUGCUUAUAACAAAAGAUGAUAAACAGUAUUUCAUUAAAAGUAAUUCAGUGAUACUAAUAUAAUUGUAAUUUAUUGUAGUAAACAACACAAAACAUUAUGUUAAACAUUUUUGUAAGCAGUUUGUGUGGCGAAAAUAUAAUUUAGACAUGGUUUUUGAGGAUUAUUGUUAAAGGAAAUAAAUAUAUCAAAUGUAAGUAUGCCAACAAACUUUUAAUUCAGCCAGGUUUUUUUGUAUUGCAUUUUACAAAUCUGUAUGACGGAAAUUUUGUAGUUUUAUGGGAUAUCUUGACUAUGUGGCAAAUUGAGCAAUGCUACUCCAAAAAUCGGAAAAUCUAGUAUAAUUAUUAUAAAAAAGGCAGAUAAUAUAUGUUAUUACAUACUGUAUAUUAAGCUAUUUAUGCAGCAUAGCAACAGAUUUUAAUUCAUACCCAUUAAUGAUAUGCCUAAUUAAUUAAAUGAGUUUAAUAUUGUAGAUCCAUGUUUAAAUAAAAAAAAUGUAUGUAUGUU